AUGAAGUAUUAUAAAAAUCAUCCACCACCAAAACGUUCAAAAUUAUCAACAAUCGAACCAAAUACAAAUGUUGAAGCAUGUGAGCAAUUGGUAAUCGAAAGACCACAAACUGAAGAAUGUGAAAAUGAAACAGUAAUUAUUUCUUGUGAUAAAAGUAAGUUUUUGUCAGGUUAUUUUGAUAUAAACCGCAGGACCAUUAGUAUCACCAUCUAAUAUAAUUCGUGAGUUACCUCAGCUACAAUCAACAAAUACAUUAUUGUAAACAAUUUAAUUCAAUAUUUUUUUAUUAAGAAUAAUCAUCUACACCAGCAACAACAAUAACAACAUCCAAUGAAUCAUCAAUAAGUCCAAAUA